AUUAUCGGGGGCACCCUUGCGUGAAAUAAUUUAGCGCGGGAAAGCACCAAUAGCAGCAGCCUCAAUAAAAAAAAGAGAGAGCCUCAUUGACGACUCAUAAUAUCACCUUCAUAUCGUUUACCAGCCAGUCUAUUCUCACACCUUAUCCUACCUACCUCUUUUGCGCCUCACACCCUAUCCUACCUACCUCUUUUGCGCCUCACAACGUCCUGAGAUGGGCUGGUUCUGGGCAGAUUCACCCACGCCGCCGGCGCCAUCAGUCGCCCGCCACAACCAGGUUUCGGGCGCCGCACCUCCUGCCGGCUGCCCCAUGCACAAAAAGACAGUAGACGCCUUCACCCCGGCAUCAGCAAAGCCGCGCGCCAGCGCAACAACCCCGCCGCCGUCGUCAUGCCCCGUCGCCCACGACCAGCCGUCGGCGGGGGCCGCCCCGGCCAAACAACAAUCUGCGCUGUCCCGCCUCAACCCGCUCAACUACAUGUUCCCCGACCUGUCCAACAAGCCGGCGCCGAACCAGACCAUGGCGCUCCCGACGGAGCGCGAGGCGUCGACGAUCCCACGCGGCGGCGGCGGCGAGGGCAACUGGGAGUACCCGUCGCCGCAGCAGAUGUACCACGCGCUGCUGCGCAAGGGCUACACCGACACGGACCCGUCGGCUGUCGAGCCCAUGGUGGCCAUCCACAACUUCCUCAACGAGGGCGCCUGGGCCGAGAUCGUCGAGUGGGAGAGGCGCUUCGGCCGCGGCCUGGCCAGGGGCUGGCAGAUCUCGCGCCAGGGCGAGGAGAGGGCCCCGCUAAUCGCCAGGCAGCUCGAGGUGAUGGAGGACCGGAAACCCGAGACCCCGAGCCUGGUCCGCUUCCAGGGCAGGCCAAAGGACAUGACCCCCAAGGCCGCCUUCUUCCAGGUCCUGGGCUGGCUCUACCCCUCCAAGUUUGGUACUGAACCCCCGUUUGACCGUCACGACUGGUACGUGUCACGCAACGUCAACGGCCAGCAGCAAGAGGUUCGCUACAUCAUCGACUACUACACCGGCCCCCCGGAGCCCACGGGCGAGCCGGUUUUCUACCUCGACGUGCGGCCGGCCGCCACGCUCAACGGCUCUGCCGAGCGCCUGAUGCGCUGGGGAGGCGAUGUCUGGUGGCGCGCCUCUGGAGCCGAGGUUAGGCACGGGAGCCAGGCGUCCAGGUCGAACAACCGAUGAAGUGCUCUAGGCAAAACGGGGGAACAAUGAGGUCAGAGUAUCGACUGGGUCAAAGAUGCUCGUAUUUUGCCCAGACGAAUGUUCAUGGGCGGUUCAUGGCAAGGAAGUUGUGCACAUUUGCUUCUUGGAGGGUUUGCGGUCCGACUCCACUCUGUAUGAUGAAAAAGGCACACUUGCCUCUGUGAUGAUAGAUGUAUCUCUGAUGGGUUAGCGUCACUAAUGCCACUACGAUUUACUUGAUACCCUCUAGCGGGCACAAUGUCACAUUUGCAGAUUGCGACAGGGGAACGAGCUCGCAAAAUGGAGAGUCCAAAAAAAAAAAAC